AUGAGUGUGGUUCACCUAAUACUUGCAUAUUUGAUGUUGAUUGUUCAAUUGGCUGUUGCUGAUUCACAGGUCUUCAACUUAAUAGCAGUUACGACAUAUGAUAUCAACUCUGCAAUUCAACUUUUUCCUCUCGCAGCAGUAAACGGUUCGUUGGUUUUGUCUAGAGAAGGAGGUCGUUUGAGUUUUGAAAUAGGUGAUGAUGGUAUAGCCUCAAUUCAAGGUACAAACGAGGAAUUAAUCGUCUCCGACAAUGACUUGUUGACUGCUGGCGAAAACGGUACAUCGAUUUUCUAUAUUAUUGGGGAACAUCUUCACUAUAAUGAAGAUUUUGUGUUUGUUGCUUGUCCAAAGGAUACUAAUAAUGAUACUUUUGAGGUCUAUGCUACCACAAACACUGGUAUCUGCAGUGGGGCCUUAGAUUUCACUUUGAGACCAGUCACCAAUACCUCCCAAAUUAUCAGUUCAUACAUGCCUGAAGUAUUGGGAGGCACUGCAACAAAAAUUUCCUUGAGAACCACUAGCAUUCAGGCUUCAAGUGGUGCGACAGGCUCAUUAACCACCACAACUGCUUCGUCAAUGAUGCUUGGAAGCACAGUGACCGCAACUUCUCACAGUGAAACUGAAGAUACUGAUAAUGAUGUUGUUACCGAAACUAUUUAUGAAUCUACUGUGGAGAGCACCGAUUCUUCCAAUAAUGUGGUUACUGAAACAAUUAUCGUUGAAAAUGAACAAACCUUGAACUCUGUGAAGACUACAACCGCUGCAGGAACUACCGAUCAGGAUGAUAAUGUCAUUACUAUCACUACCGAGGUUAGUGGACUGACCCUGUCUGAUGAUGAUGAUAACACUAUUAUUUACGUUACUGAAAGCACCUCUUCCAGCUCAUUAUCUAUUGCAACUGAGACUAUCGUCACUGAAGUUUUGACUACCUCUGUUUGUGCUGAUUCAGAUUGCAACACUAUUUAUGUUUCAUUAUUAACCACCACUGAGCAAACCACAGAGGAACUUGAAACCUCUCAAACCACCUCUGAAGGUCUCUCUACUUCCAAUACUUUUACCACCUAUACAACAGGAAACAGCUCAUACUCUGGUAACAGAACUACUACGUCUCUUAAUUUGGCCUCAAAUUUUGAUUUCUUCAGUCCUUUUACUUUGAUUCUUUUAUUGAUAUCCACACUCCUAGUUUAG